AUGCUCCCCCUGGCCGACCUCCACGGCGCCCGCCCCGCCUGGCCGCCCCGCACCGGCCCCUCGGGCUGCGUGGUCUACGCCCAGCGCGGCACCAACGGCUACCUCCCGCCGACCGCCUGCGACGCCCGCCACCCCUACCCCCUCGACCUGGCCCCCGCCGUGGCCGUCGCGUGCCUCUUUGCGCUCCUCGCCGCCCUGCACGCCGCCACGGCCGUCCUGACGCGCAAGACCUACUGCUGGGUGCUGGUGGCCGGCGCGACCUUGGAGGCCGCGUCCUACGCGCUCCGCGCCGCCGCCUCCCGCGACCAGGCCUCCCUGCCGCUCGCGGCCGCCCACGCCCUGCUGGCCCGCGUCGCGCCGCUGUGGGCGUCGGCCUUUGUGCACAUGACCUUUGCGCGCGCCGUUCUCUACUACGCCCCCAGCGCCGCCGUGUGUCGCGUCCCGGCGGCCUGGGUGUCCACGGGGCUGGUGUCGCUCGACGGGGUGUCGUUUGCGCUGCAGGUCGCCGGCAGCGUCCUUCUCUUGUCUACUUCUGCCAUUACUACUACUACUACCACUACUAACCCCACCGCCACGGGGUCCAAGGUGCUCGUGGCGGGCGUGGCGCUGCACGCGGCCACGACGGUCCUGCUCGCGAGCCUGAUGGCCGCCUUUGCCGUCCGCAUGGCGCGCUACGACGCCGAGCGCGGCCGAGGCUUCGGCGCCGGCGUGGCCGAGCCGACCCGGCGGUCGUGGCGGCCGCUGCACUGGGCGCUGGGCUCGGCGGCGGCGCUACUGACGGUGCGUGACGUCUUUCGGCUCGUCGAGCUCGGCUUGACCUUGGCCCCUCCCAGGGGACGGCGGGCGGCGGCGGUGCCCCUGCUCCGGUCGGAAAGGUACGGCUACGCGCUCGACGCGCUGCCCGUGCUGCUGUGCCUGGUCGUCUUGGCGGUCGUGCACCCCGGCCGCUUCCUGGUCGGGCACGACGCCGAGUUCCCGACCCUGGCCGAGCGGCGCAGGGCCGAGCGUGCAAUGCGCGAGCUCGAGGAGCAGAAGCAGGCCCAGUUUGGCGUGCCACUGGGAGGGUCCGACUGGGCCCGGGAACGGGGGUGGGACUGACGAAAAGGUAUCGUUGCUGCCCCUGUCCUCUGAUCUUUUGC